AUGUCGACCCCCGACGUCACCGCCACAAAUGUGGCAGAGAUCCUUGAAAACGAUCGCAUGGUCAAGGUCGCCGGUAUUGAUGUGGAUGGCCAGCUGCGUGGCAAGCUCAUGAAGAAGAGCAAGUUCCUCUCUAUCGUUUCCGAGGGCUUUGGCUUCUGCUCCGUGAUUUUUGGCUGGGACCAGCAUGAUAUGACGUACUACAAAGAGCUCUCGAUCAGCAACAAGGAGAACGGAUAUCGCGAUCUCGUCGCAGUUCCAGAUCUCAGCAGCUUUCGGCGCAUCCCUUGGGAGAACAAUGUGCCGUUCUUCCUCGUCAGCUUCUUGGACCCGGACACGCGAGAACCGGUUUGCGCAUGCCCACGCGGGCUGUUAAAGACCGUGUCCGCAAAAGCCGAGGCUGCAGGCUAUCGCGCAAUGGCGGGAGCCGAGUAUGAAUUCUACCAGUUCCGGGCACCGGGCAACCAUCCAACUCCAGAACGCGCUGCAUCUGCCACGGCGUCUUUCCUGCAGACGAACCCCGUCGAUUCUUUGCCAUCAUUAACCGAGGGCAUGUUUGGCUACUCGAUUACUCGCCCCUUGCACAACAAGGAUUACUACUAUGGCAUCUUCGACGCCUGCGAGCAGUUCCGUUGCGAUAUUGAGGGGUGGCACACAGAGAGUGGACCUGGUGUUUUUGAGGCUGCACUUCAAUUUGGUGAGGCCAAGGAGAUGGCCGACAAGGCUGGCUUGUUCAAAUACGUUGUCAAGGCUUACGGUAUCAAGCACGGCAUCACGCCUUGCUUCAUGGCCAAGCCGCGCCAGGGCCUGCCUGGAAACAGCGGCCACAUGCAUAUCUCUCUUGUCACCACGGAUGGCAAGAAUGCUUUCAUCCGCGACACUCCCGACCCCUCCCCUCCUUACCCAGAUGUGGCGCACUUGUCCGACUUGGGUCGUCAUUUCCUCGCAGGCCUAUUGGUGGGGUUACCAGACGUCAUGCCGCUCUUUGCGCCCACCAUCAAUUCCUACAAGCGCCUGGUGGAGAACUUCUGGGCUCCGGUCACCGUAUCAUGGGGCCUGGAGCACCGCGCAGCAUCCAUCCGACUGAUCACACCACCCACAGCCAGUGCGAAGGCGACCCGCUUCGAAGUCCGCACUCCUGGUGCAGAUGCCAACCCUCACUUUGUCCUUGCCGCGGUCAUGGCCCUUGGCUGGCGUGGCGUUGAGAAGAAGCUUGAGAUUCCCGUGCCACCCUUGUCCAAGGGCGAGGACAUGGGUAGUGCCAGUGACCAGGGCGUGCGGCUAGCCAAGUCUCUUAAGGAGGCAGUCGCUACAUUCACACGGCCGGACAGUGUAGCACGGGAAGUAUUUGGCGAUACCUUCGUGGACCACUUUGGCGGCACGAGGGAGCACGAGAUUCGGCUGUGGGAGGAGGCUGUAACUGACUGGUAA